AUGAAUGAGGCAGAAGUGCAAUCUGCAAAGGUUGCGCGGAUCUUCAAGGCUUUCGACGCCAACUGCGAUGGAGGCCUCAGCAAGGCUGAGCUGCUGACAUUUGUAGCGAGGGUGAAUCCCACAGUCAAAUUCACACCUGUGCAGCUCACGGCCAUCGCUGAUGAGGUGUGUUUGGAAUAUGCACAGCAUGUGGUGAAGGCAGGUCUCACAGAGGAUGGGCUGCGUGCAAUGUACGAGUCGGGCAACGGCAAUGUGAACGAUGACUAUGAGGCACUGGAGCUGGAUGAGUCAUCAGGGGCAGCAACAGCAGAUGCAGCAACCCAGCCGCAUGAGGUUGUCCCUCAGAAGGAGAAUAUCGAUGUGAAUGAGUCGGAUACUGCCGAGGCAGAGCCGAGCGUCCGGGAGUCAUGGGCAGGCAAGCUGGGCAAGUGGGCAGCUGCCCUCAAGCCCACCAUAGCUGCUGCGCCGGCAGCAGAGCCGAAGCAGGCUUCCCCAGAGCACCACACUGCAGAAGGCGCUGUUGACAUCCUAUCGGCUGACAUGAAGCAGGCACAAGCUGCCAAGGGCGCAGGGCGGGAGAAAGUGACAGUGCCAAAGCUGGCGCUGGGGGCAGCUGCAGGCGCGGCCGAGGAUGCAUGGACCAUCAAGGCGCAUGCCGAGACGUCUUCCCAGAUUGAAGUCCGCCGCGCAACCGCGCAAACAAAGACGGCGGAGGAGUCGAUAGCCACUGCGAAGCGCGAGCUGGCGAGCUACAAGCAGGUCAAGCACGAGGCGGCCAUCCGCGCCGUCACGGCCGCCAAACGCGCGCUCGGCCGCGGCGCCGGUGCAUCGGCCGACAUCGACGGCACAGCCGCCAUGGCCGCAGCGCUGGAUGCGGUGGCCGACGCGAAGCGCGCGCUGAACUCCCACCCGCUGCCGGAUGCGGCGCAGCCGGCCGGGGCCGCGGAGUCCGUUACGGACGCGCAACGGGCACUGGCCGUGAUCCCUACGGAGUACGACGACGACGGCCCCGUACCGCCGCUGCCCGAGACCCUGGCCGCCAUCGAGGCUGCCAGAGAGGCGCUGGAGAGGUACCCUCUGGCAGCAGAGCCGGGCUCCCCGCUGCCGGCCAGCCUUUCACCGGGCCCCAAGUCGCACCGAAUCCAUAUCACCGCAUCUCCAUCGCACCACUCCUACGCGCCGGAAGCCGCGCGCAAGAGCCUCGACGGAGACGGAGCGGCCCGCGGCGGCGCCGCGCACGGCUACGUUCCCUCCUCCGGGGGUCCCCCCGCGGUGGCCACCGCCGGGCAGCCGAGGGGGCACGCGUAUGUCCCCCCCGCGCCAGAGGGGGGCCCGACCGCCAACGGCGCUUCUGCCGCCGCGGGGCACUCGUACGUGCCGGACGGCAAGCCGAAUGGCGCCAAGACGCUGCGGAAGUCGCUGACUAAGCUGGCGCACCGCUUCGUACCGGGAGCCGCCAGUAAGGGCGCGGCCGCGCCGCGGCCGUCUCUGUCCGAGCACACCUUCCUUCCCGAUGCUCCUGCCAAGGAUGCCAAGGAGGAGGACGUGCCUGCUGUGAAGUAUGUGGACCAGCAGGAGCCGGAGGAAGGCAGCCCAUUGGAGGCGGUCACGCCCACAAGGGGACAGGAGGAGCUCUCAAAGUGGUUCAACCACGCAUGGGACCCAAAUCAAUCGCGCCGGCCUCAGCCGGAACGUACCACCUCCGACGCGGAAAACUUUGUUGACGCAAAGGAGGAGAUGCACACGGCCGACAGUUUCACGUCCGCGCACUCCGCCGCGUCCCCAACAAAGCAGCAGCAGGAGCCGCCGCUGGUGCAUGCGCUGUCGGCGCGGCUGUCCGGUCCCAACGGCAUGCUCUCCUGCCUCGGGACCCCCCCGCGCACCCCCCGGGCCGCCACCGCUGCGGACCUCCCUGCCACGGCGGGGGGCUCCGCAGCCGCUGCUCUUCCCACCGCCACUCCAAGGCAGGCAGCGCGCGCGGCGGAGGCGGCCGCAGCGGCGGCUGCCGAGCGGGUCGAGGCGGAAGCUGCGCUGCAGCUUCGCGAGGGCGAGAGCGACACCCUGCAGCUCGUGCUUGAAUCUGUGCAGCGCAUCAUCAACUUCAACGGCGACGCAGAGUGGACCAAUCAGCAGCUGGCAAAGCUGCGCGCGCGGGCAGAUGCAUUGGAUGCUGACGAGGCCUACUCCGCCCACAUCGCCACUGCCGGCCUUCUGGCUUCCAUGCGCCGUCAUGACGAGGCGAUCCCCUGCUAUGAGGCGGCGCUGAGUCAGCAGCCGAGCAACGCCAAGGCCUGGUUCCGCCUGGGCAUCUCGCUCUUCGCCGUCAGCCGCUUCCUGGACGCAGAACAGGCCUACUUGCGCGCCAUGCAGGCGCGUUCCCUCUUGCUGAUCAUGGCUGAAUGCAUGCAGGAGGUUGCAAUGGCCAUGAUCAGGCGGCUUCUGCGUGGAGUUGAGGUGACAAUGCCAAAGGAUGCGCGGCUGAUGCCCAAGAUCCACGUCAACCUGGGCAUCACACUCGAGGGUGACGGCCGCCUGCUUGCCGCCUGCGAUGCUUACAGGGAGGCGGUGCGGCUGAAUCCGGAGCAUUUCCGCGCGCUGAAGCUGCUGGGAAGUGCCCUGUAUGCGCUGGGGGAUUUAGAGGAAGCGGAGAGCGCUCUGCGCGCUUCCCUUGCCAUCAACCCCGACUACUCCGACACCAACUCGGACCUCGGGUGCGUUCUGUGCGCGCUGCAGCGUCCGGAGGAGGCCAAGGUGGCAUUCAAGAGGGCCAUCGCAUCGCAGCCAGAGCACAGCAUCGAGGCACACUUCAACCUGGGCAACGUGUUCCGGCAGUGCGGCGAGUUUGAGGCGGCCGAGCGCUGCUACCAGAAUGUGCUCACGGCGGCCCCCGGCCACUGGCGCGCUCUUCUCAACCUGUCUGUGGCGCUGGCCGGCCUUGGCCGCAACUCCGAGGCGCACAAGGCGCUGCGCGCGUCGUUCAAGGCCUCCGGCUCCAACGCACGCGUGACGGCGGAGAUCAACAAGCUCAAGGCGAUGGCGCGGAGGGGACUUCACCGCACGGAGCUCACUGCCCUUAUGGAAAUCAUCACUGACACCGCCACAGUCGCCGUCGCCACCAAGCCCGACAAGCCCAGCCUAACUAAGAAGGGCUGGCCGGAGAUGCCCAAGCGGGGGCUGUCGGGGCUGCUGCGGCGGCCAUCGCCAGCCGCUGCGGCCAACAGCGCUGAGUCACUGCAGGCGUCAAUCGACGAGGGACUUCUCAAGCAGCUGGGGCCCAUCGCUGCCAUCCACCCCUACCGCCUAGAGGCCCAGGUCACCGAGGAAGGCUUCCUGGCAUCUGCCUGCCCUAGCCCAGCCGCCGCUGGUUCAUCCACUCAGGCGACAAUCCAGACGGCGGCGGUGGCCGAAGCUGUGCUGCGGCGGGUGCUGUCUGAGACGGCGAUGCCUCGUUUCCAGCACCUGAUGCGAAUCGUGCUGCACGACUUCAUCAAACCCCUCGACCCCACCGCCUCAUGCAGGGAGACGGACGUGGGCCUGGUGCUAGCUCUGCUCGCGGCGGUGACUGACGGUGACUCAUUCGAGCGCGCGGACGCUGUGCACGCUCUGCUGCGCUGGCGCACCGGCAACCGCGGCGGCAUCUAUGAGUCAUCCGUCGCCCUCUACAUUGCCGGCCUCAAGGCCGUGUAUGGCAAAAACAAGGACACCAGCGAGCUGCGCAAGGCGAUGGCUGGCGGGGAGUGGGGAGAUUUGGUGCAGCUGAAGACUUUCCAGGAGCAGCUCAAAUCUGCAUUCCCUGCCUUUGACAUGCUCAGGGGCCUGGCCGCCGGCAACUGAAAGGCAACAGUACUGAGUCCAGGUCAUGAGAAUACGCUGCCUUAUAGGAUGUCUGAAGGAAGGUUGGCAAGGGGGCAAGAGAUGGGCUUACUGCGGAGAUUGUUAUGUUCCAGGCAGUCUGGCAGGAUGACUGCUGCAUGUUGCUCUCAAGACAGAUAAAGCAUGGCCACCGAUAUACGAUUUUCUAGACCCAGAUCUGGGUGUGAAAUUUCCUGGGUUUGUGGGCGGCAAAUGCUCAACAUGUGCAUGACAUUUAUUAAUGUUCUUACCGGGAUGCAAAUUGCACACUGCUGCAGAUAGUCGUGCUUCGUCUGAUUCCCAUCAGAGUAUGUAGCUUGCAAGAACAGAAUUUGGGCCAUAUUUUUCUUGAAGGACUGGCGGGCUUGCAGGGACAUGAGUAUAAACGUUCCCAGGCCCAAAAGUUUGGUGCCUGAUCAUGCAUGCAUAUUGGCCUUUCUUGAUGAUGCGCAACCAAGGGGCUCACUGGUUGACAGGUGACAAUUUGCAAG